UUGUCUAUUAUACCAAUACUUCUUUCCUUCACUCUAUCAUCAAAAGCUCAAAAGUUUGAUUUCUCGACCAUUCAAAAUGCAUUCGACUAUUGCCUUUGCUUCCCUCACCCUUCCUCUCGCAUUUGCCGCUCCCUACCGUCUUCCAAGCGAAAUCCUCCCCCGUCAAUCAAAUGCGACAUGCGAUCUCAGUAGCACUCCUCAACCCGCAAACACCAUGACACCUCCGGCCGCAGAUCUCACUCUCGCGCUGAUUGCAAUGGGACGUGGUACGCAAAACUACACCUGCGCGGAUUCCACUGCCACAACCGUACCCUCUGCCAUUGGCGCACUCGCCGACCUCUUCAACGCAUCUUGCGCCGUUGCAGAUGGUCUGCCUGAGCUUGGUUCCAUCCUUGAAGAUGCCGCAUCCAUUGGCACGCACUUCUUUGUCGACAACACCACCCCCGAGUUCGACGUCAUUGGUCUCGGUGAGACCCAGGCCAAGAAAGUAGAGUCUAUGCUUGCUCCAGCUGCUACCGACGUUCCCUGGCUACGGCUCGAGGCGCAACAGCAGGGCACCACAUCGCCGGUCAAGCAAAUCUACCGCCUGAACACAAAGGGAGGUAUUGCUCCUAGCAAUUGCGAGGGCCGCGUAGUAGGCGAAACGAUCACUGUUGAGUACGAGGCACAAUACUGGAUCUAUGCCUCCGAGUCUGAAUUGGCUGCGAGGAAGAAGAAGAGGAGCGUCGGUACUCCCGUCGCCUAGACGUUGGCAAUGCCUCAUUUUGCCGCUUUCGCUGGGCGCUUGUACAUCUUGAACUGUCGCUGAAGAAACGGUCUUCUUUCUCAGGCAGAGACAGUGGUAGUUGAUAUGUUGUGGUGUGUUUGUAUUCUUCUUGUUCUUCUUCUUUUUUCUAGGAUACCUCUUUUGGAUACCUGUUUUUGUAUAUAUAGGUUGGAGAGCUUUGCGGAGCCCGAUGAUACCAGCCCUUUCUCAUGAUCCCCCAAUUCCAUAGCAAUUAAGCUCUGUUGAUAUAUGCCGAUUGAUCCCUUCAUGUGUUUUUUGCUUUUCUUUGCACUCAUACUUUCCAUUGCAAUGGCAGUCAAUGCAGUGCAAGUCAUUCCCUAUCGAAAAGUCCCGCCCAGACGUCUUUGGCUGACACGAUUUGAACACCCGCGAGAAACGAGGCAUCAACUCCCUUCACUCCUCCACAAAACCAUCAGUCCCGCAAUGUUCUAUU